UUUCCUACACCCAAAAAAGUUCAAAAAAUAGUAGUAAACAUUAAAAUAGUUUCUUAAACUUACCAAAAAAUUAAACUAUGAAGACAGUAAAUUCCAACGGUCAAAUUUUUCGUCAAAACUCAAAUUCAAAAGCAAGUAAAUCAUAGAGAAAAAAAUACAGAGAGAUGAGACGAAGAUCAGGGAAGACGAAGAAGCAGCAAAAACAAGAUGAAGCAAUCAAAUGGAGUCGUCAACAAAGAUUACAAAAGUCAAAAUCCCUAAAAUCAUCGACACCCAUGUCAAUCGAUUCAGAAUUGGGGGAAAAAGAUAAAUCUGAAGAUGGUGGAUUUAAGUUUUAUGGAUGUUAUCUCUUGACUUCUGUUAACCCUCGUUUCAAGGGUCAUACUUAUAUAGGGUUUACUGUGAAUCCAAAGCGACGAAUUAGGCAACAUAAUGGGGAAAUUACUAGUGGAGCUUUCAGAACUAAGAAGAAACGUCCUUGGGAAAUGAUUCUUUGCAUCCAUGGCUUUCCUACUAAUGUUGCUGCUCUUCAGUUUGAAUGGGCAUGGCAGCAUCCUAGAGAGUCUUUAGCGGUGCGAGAGGCGGCUGCGAGUUUUAAAACCCUUGGAGGACUAGCCAACAAAAUCAAACUUGGACUCACUAUGCUUACUCUCCAUACUUGGCAGAGUAUGGACCUCAAAGUUAGCUUCUUCUCUACAAAGUAUAUGAAUCAUGCUGCUGGGUGUCCAAGUUUGCCUCACCAAAUGAAGCUUCAUUUUUGUUCCAUGGAUGAGCUUCCUUGUUAUUGGGACGGUGAUCUUCCUUAUGGUCAUGAUGAUGAAGAUGACUUUGACUCAAAUGAUAAUCAAGAAUCUGCCAACUGUUCGGAUGAGUUAAUAGAAUCUUCAUCUGAUGGUUCAAUGGAGAUGAAUCCUUCUUCAAUUCAUGUUGAAAGUUGUAACAUACAAAAAUCAAGUGAUAACCUCUCGGUAGAGGACUGCAUUGCGUUUGGUGGUCCGUUGGAAAGUGAGUCAUUACCAGUGGCGGGCGUGCUAGAGGAGCAUAUGCAGCCAUUGCAUGAUUAUCAAUUGCCUGUUGAUGAUGUUUGUGGCUCUCCAGUGGACACAUUGAACAAGCAGUUCCAACCUUGUGAAGAGAUAUGUAUUGAGGACUUUAGAGGAUAUUUUCCUGUUUCAGAGGAAAACAUACAUCCAGUUGGUAGAUAUCAUGCUUCUGAAAAGGAAUUGUCUCCUGUUGUAGAGGAAAACCAGCUUUCUUCUCACUUGCCUGCUGAUGUUCCCGCCUCCACUGGAAACAAUUUAAGCGAGGUUUUGAGAAUUGGCAAAAACACUGGGGCUGAGAAGUUGAGAUGUUGUUUCCCUAAAAUAGACAACCAUAUACAGUCAUUAGAAGAAGCCGGUCCUUCUGAAAUGGUUGAUUGUGCCUCAGUUGCGGAAGAUACUGGGAAGAAAGACAAUGCAACAUGUGUAGUAAUCAAUGAUAUCACUGAGGAACAGUUCAAGCCAAUAAGGUUACAAUCGCCUAUUAGAUUUACCAAUACUAGUCGGCCAUAUUCUGACGAAGGGAUUGAGGUUAUAGAGCUUUGUACACCUUCACCUAACUUGAGAAUUUGUAAAGGAAGCAAGAAGAAAAGAGCUGCCAGCAAUUAUCCUCAUUUCAUUGACCUGACGGAAUCACCUUCUGUUGUCCAACUGUAAGAUGUUCAGAUGUCAUUGUAGGCCUUCUUCUGGGUUCUCCUCUUCUUCAAAGGUUGACAUUCUUUGCUUAUCAAGCCUGAGUGUAUCUAUACUAGAAUGGAUUCCUUUUUAGCGAAUCUACACAAGAACGGGCACUCCACUUCUUCAAAGGAGUGCCCUUGGCUUUUUAGAGAUUUCCUAGUUCUUCCUCUGCUUCCUCAAGUUCAGGAACACAGUUUGCACCGCCCCUUUGAGAAUGGAUUCCUUAUCCAUUAUAUUCUCCAUCUGGUUGGUUGCUCCUCCUUUUAGUAGCUUAUAGAUUUUAUAUUUAUUUGUUGUCUUAGCAUGUGCUGGUAUGUAGAAUAAUUGUUCUACUGAAAAACUUAUAGAUAUUUAUAGUGUAAGAAGAUAAAUAUAUAAUGAAGUAAUUUCUUUGUA